GGGCAGUCACGUUUUGGGGUUUGUGUUGUGCCUGUGUGUGCCUGUGUGUGUGUGUGCAGGAGGGCGAGAGGGGUUGGAGAGCUUUUUAUUGACAUGAUCAACAAGUACACACAAGUGGUUGGGUUACUGAUUAGAGGUGAUGUUGUAGUUUGGUUUAGAUAAGACUCUUGCUUUAAGCACAAAGUCCUGCCAGGUACAUUGAGUCUUCAGCUGCUUUACCACAUCCAUCCCAUCCCUCAUAGGACCGCUGCUGCCUCUCAGGUGUCGGUGCAGUGUUUUUCUGCUUCCUCGCAUCUGUUGAGCACACAGCAGCAUCAUGAGCGUAGAGUCCAAAAAACCACAUGGGGUGUUCUGCGCCAACCUCAAGCUCUUCCUGGCCUCUUUGGCAUCUGUAUACUUUUCCAAAGCCUUUGGUGGAGCCUACAUGAAGAGCUCCAUCACCCAGAUCGAGAGACGCUUCGACAUCCCCAGCUCCCUCAUUGGGGUUAUAGAUGGCAGCUUCGAAAUGGGUAACCUGUUGGUGAUAGCCUUUGUGAGCUACUUUGGCGCUAAGCUCCAUCGUCCCAGGCUGAUUGCUAUCGGCUGUGUGAUCAUGGCUGCUGGAUGUUACCUCAUAGCCCUGCCUCACUUCUUCCAGGGACUGUACAAGUAUGAGACCAGUGUGUCUCACGUUACAAACGUCAACAGCACUGAGAGCAUCCUGUCCUGUCUGUCCAACCACAGCCUGGCAGAUGAGACGCCUGAUUUAGAGGCCAUAACAGCUUGUGAAAAGGCAGCCGGCUCGUCUCUGUGGAUCUAUGUCUUCUUAGGAAACAUGCUGCGUGGAAUUGGAGAGACUCCCAUCAUGCCUCUGGGCGUGUCCUACCUCGAUGACUUCUCCAGAGAAGAGAACACUCCUUUCUAUUUGGCUUGCAUCCAUACAGUGGGAAUCUUAGGACCUAUGUUUGGUUUCAUGCUCGGGUCCUACCUGGCCAAGGUCUACGUGGACAUCGGGUCUGUGGAUUUAGACAGUGUCACCAUCAACUAUAAGGACUCCCGCUGGGUGGGGGCCUGGUGGCUGGGCUUCAUAGUGACUGGCACUGUGAUCCUGCUGUCCAGUAUCCCAUUCUGGUUCCUGCCCAAGUCUUUGCCCAAGCAGGGGCAAGAGGAGAGCCAUAGUACAGGCACAGAGCUCGCCACAACGGCAGAGCAGGAGAAUUUCCUCACGGACGAAAACCAGGACCAUGAGGAGAAGCCUGUUUCAUUCCAGAAACUGGCUAAAGAUUUCAUUCCGUCCCUGAGGAGGCUCUUCAAGAACAGCAUCUUCACGAUGAUGAUCCUCACGUACCUGGUUUCCGUCAACGGCUUCAUUGGCAUGAUCACCUUCAAGCCAAAGUACAUGGAGCAAGUCUUCGGCCAAUCGGCCUCCAAGGCCAUUUUCCUCAUAGGCAUCCUCAACCUGCCAGCGGUAGCUUUGGGAAUCAUCACCGGAGGCCUCAUUCUGAAGCGUUUCAAGCUGGGUGUCAUCGGAGCAGCCAGGGUGUCGAUCACCGCCUCCGUCGGGUCCUUGUGUCUGCUUUUCAUUCAGAUCUUCAUCUACUGUGACAAGGCCGAGGUGGCAGGUCUGACUGUGUCCUAUCAAGGGGAUUCUCAGGUGUCCUACAACCAACAGACCUUGCUGUCCCAGUGCAACAUGGGCUGCUCCUGCUCAGUGAAGCAUUGGGACCCAGUGUGCGCCUACAACGGAGUAACGUAUGCCUCGCCCUGCCUGGCUGGCUGCCAGACCUUCACCGGCAUCGGCAGAGACAUGAUGUUUCAUAACUGUACCUGCGCGAGAGAGACGAUGACUCCAGCCAUAAACAUGUCCGUAGAGCUGGGCCAGUGCCCCAGGAGGAGCAACUGUGAUCACAUAUUCAAAAUCUACAUGGCUUUGUCCGCCUUGGGGUCUUUCAUUUCUGCCUGUGGGGGCACGCCAGGAUACAUCGUACUGCUCAGGUCCAUACAGAAAGACCUAAAGUCACUGGCGUUGGGUAUGCAGACACUAAUAGUGAGAACUUUGGGUGGAAUACCUCCUCCAAUAUAUUUCGGAGCACUGAUUGACCGAACCUGUCUGAAGUGGGGCACCAAGCAAUGUGGAGGCCGGGGAGCAUGCCGACUCUAUGAUGCUGAUAAGUUCAGAAUGACAUUCUUGGGGUUGAUUACGGGACUCUACUUCCUAUCCAACAUACUCUGGGGAGGCCUCUAUUUCAAAAUUGUCAAGAGACAGAAGAAGUUAGCGCUGACCAAUCAGGCCAAAGAAAACGGAGUGGAGGGUGACUCGGUGGGCAACGGGCACGCUCACAUCAACAUUGUCACAGAGAAAGAAGACGCAGGCAAUGAGAGCACUAUUUAAGGUGUCCGAGGACGGCAAACACCAUCGUACAAUGCAGGCGAACCACACAGAUUUUACAUUGCCGAAGUACUGCUGCAUCCAUAGUGGACCAAAUGUGCUAAUGGUACAGUGUCAGCACUCUUUGGCCUUCAAGUAGUACACCUUUCUUUUUUCUUACACAGAUAUCGCGCCGAUAAACAUCAGCUGCAGUUUGUUCACUUCAUAGGUCAAAGACUCUUUGAUUAGUUUUAAUAAGAACAACAAUCACAUCGAUCCACAUCUGCACGAAGACGGGACAUUUUAGAGGUCACUGUCUUUGUUGGACUGUAUUGUAAUGCGGACGGUGGGGAAGACGAAGGUUUAAAUUCGGGGUGUGUUAGAGUUUAGUAAACAAGUGAGCAACGGGUAGAGCUUCAACUGACCCAGUAAAUGAACCAACUUUAUUACAAGAAAAGUGACUCAGAUCAGGAUUUAAGUACAUACUGUCAUUUUGUUGGACUAUAGCUGCUAUAAUUAGGACUGUUACAGAUUUGACUUCCUCAAUAGGGGACCAUUUUGGUUGCAAGAAAAUCACCAACACCAAAUGAUGAGAUAGCUGGUACCCACUGUAUGUCUGGGACUGCUGCCGGCUGGUUCAAUGACCGAAAGCAGCACGAGCAGAAAGAUAUAAGGAUUUGUCUAUGAUAAUAAAGUGGCCAAACCAAUAAUACUUAUUGGUCGCCAGUGUCUUCGAGCACUAUAUACAUGCAAAUCGGUUGGACGUGGAAACCCAAGCACAAUGCCAUUUGUAUCAGGUGCAAAUCAAUUUCUUUGCUAGUUUGCAGCUCUGAACACACCUGCUGGCAAAUGUGCUUGCAACCAGCAAAGACUAUGGAAUAAACAACUGGGAUAUAAUGUGUUAAUUAAUAAGCUUGAGAGGCGGUGAUGAGCAGACUUCGGUCUUUGUUCCCAGUCUUUGUGGUCGGCUACCUUUCUGCUGGUAGUAGCUUUAAAUGUAAAGAGCUGACAUGUGAAUGGUAUCAAUUGUUUCAUCUAGCUAUAUAUGUAUUUUCUAAAGUGUGGAAUUGUGGCUUAUCAUAGUAGAGAAACUAGCAGUAGGGGGGCAGUGACAGUUGACAUCCUUGGAUAUCUCCCAUCUCUGAGUUUACACACACUUCUUGUUACAUCACAUCAUUAUGCACACCUCAAGGUCAUAAACGUUCAUAUAAUCAUCUGACUCACUCAUGUUUGUUGUCUGAGAAAGUGGACUAAAAGUAGGUGGAACUUUGUUUUACUCUGUUAUACAAUGUAGUUGUCAAUGGAAAUCAUCAGCCGUAUGUAGAUAUGUUUUUAUAUUCCAUAUAUCUCUUUGUUUUUGCUCUCUUCUUCUUUUUUUUACAGUUUGUUGAUUUUACUUGAAUCUGUAAGCAUUAACAACAAAUGUUCUCAAUAUAUUUUAACCCUAAGUCUUAAUAAAUGUUUUUUUAAGCAAACCAACUACGGCUGAAAAAGGCAUUUGGUCAUAUACUC